UUUCCAUUGCAGGACGAAGCCUGUAUCAGGGAGAGGGACGGCCCGGAUGGUGUAUGCGACUCGAAAGCCUGCGAGGAAGCCUCGAAACGGAUGGUGGCGUUCAUGAAGAAGGGGGUGGAUCCUUGCAAGGACUUUUAUCAGUUCGCGUGCGGCGGUAUUCGCGAUCAGCAGCCGUAUCAGCCGAGCUCGAGCUUCAACAUGCUUCAGGCGAGGAUCGACGAUCAUCUUCACAAGCUGCUGGCGAACGAUACCGGCCACAUGGUGGGCGAGUUCGAGAAGCUGGGCCAGUUCUACAACGGCUGCUUGGAAUUCAAGGAGAAACCGGUGAACUUCACGCCCGUUUACGAGCUCUUGCGCGAACUCGGCGGCUAUCUACCCCCGAAGAGCAUCGCACCGGCCGACAUCACGCCUCUAGUUUCCAGGCUGUUGAGGGUGAACGGCGCGCCCCUCUUCGAUUUCUUCGUCGACGUGGAUCUUUACGAUCGAUCCAGGUCGUCCGUCUUCUUGGACCUGCCUACGAAACAUCAGGAAGACGCGUUCUUCGCGGAGAACCCGGAAGAAGGAUUACGGUGGGCCAAGGCGUACUCGAUGAUGGAGAAGCAGCAAAAGAGGGCGGUCCAUGAGGAAAGCCGGGCUUACACGAUGAUCAAGAACAAGAUGGAGGAGCAGAGAUCGCGGAGGAUUCAGAGAAUCGUCGAGGGCUUCCUGCCGAGGACGAUGGACCCGAAGGACCGCGCGUCGGAGACCGAUCUGCUGCUGCAAUUCUGUCUGUCCCUCAGCAAGAUCUAUCCGAAGCACAAGGACCUGUACAACUGGGUGGACGUCGAUCAGAGGGUGUACGUCCCUUUCAACAUGUCCUACCUCCAGGAGAGUUUCGGUUAUAUAAGGUGGGGGACGCUGCUGAACGCCACUCUAGGCGCUGCCACUGCCGAUCUUUACAAUCACAGCCGCAACCGGGAUCGAGGAACCGCCGCUCACGGCUACGAGGAUCAGCUGGUCUACGUUUACGUUACCGCGCCCCGUUACUUCCGCAGCCUUGGCAAACUGCUGAAUCGCUUUUCCAGGAGGAUUAUUCACAACGGGCUGUUGCUGUUGUACGCAACGGACACCCUCCACGACAUCGUGAACGUGACCGGGAGCAAGAACUGGGAGCUGUCCUGCUUCAAGUUGACGAAGGACGUCUUCGGCGAGGUGACGGGCGCCCUGUAUGUGCGGCAGUACACGCCGCAGUAUUUAGAAACACUGGCCAACAGGGUGGGAGGGCUGUUCGAACGCGUGAAAGAGACAGUAGCCGAGCGUAUUUUGGUGAAAUCUUGGCUAGACGAGGAGACAAGGACGCAGGCAUUGUUGAAGCUGAACUCGUUGCGGGGAAGAUUUCACGUAUGGCCUGGUUUCUACAAUGAGAGCCUGCUGGCCCGCGAAAUGGCCGAGGUGGAGAUCGACCCGGAGGACUUCUUUCGCACCGUGCUCAGACGGUUACGACAGAUUCGCACCGUGGACGACAAGGUUCUACGAAGGAACGUCACCGAGAAGCGCCGUCAUCCGUACAGCGUGACCGCUUACUACGAAUCGUCGACGAACACGAUUGGCAUCCCGCUGGCGAUGAUGACUGCUUGGUCGUGGUCCUGGGACGGUGGGCCGGCGUACGCGGCGCACGCGACCUUGGGAUCGGUGAUCGGCCACGAGAUCCUCCACGCCUUCGACCUUCAUCGACGCCGACUGCCACUGGACCCGGACAUGAACGUCGAUCAAUGGCUCUGGAUCACGCCGGAGUCUUGGAAGAGGCUGGAAGCGAGGAUCGAGUGCGUCGCCAGGCUCUACGCCAGGAGUUUCUGGAGGAAGGUUCAGUUUUACGGGAACGACGUCGCCGUGCAGUUCGACUGGAACGUGACGAGGAACGAGAACGUCGCCGAUAUUGGAGCCUUGCAGAUUUCUUACAAAACCUGGCACACCCUGACGAACGGGAAGGACCGGAGUCUUCCCGGAUUGGAGGGGCUUCGUUCGAGCCAGCUUUUCUUCAUAAGCGCCGCCCAGACCUACUGUUCCAAUAUGACUGCCGAGGCCUACAUUCUUUCAGUUGAGCUCGACUAUCACACACCUCAGCCCGAAAGAGUCAACGGUAUAAUGAUGAACUCGCAAGCGUUCGCGGACGCGUUCCGUUGCCCGAUCGGAACCAAGAUGAACCCCCCCAACAAGUGCACCACUUGGUGAUGAUCAGGCUUGGACGAUCGUUUGCCGACAACGUCAGAUACAUUCAUCCACGAUACACACGAUCAUUGGGACUCGAUUGGGAAAACGGCGUGUUGCUGUUGGAAAGACACACCCAGGCGGCAUCGACAAGGCUCGAUCACCCUUUCUUUUUUUCAGCAAUUGUCGAGCGAUCUUGCGUUGGAGGGAAUCGGUUCAGGUAUUAUCGAUC